AACUUAAGAAAGUGCUGGAUUUCCCCUUGUUCGAUUGAGGAAUCGUAGACCACAUCUGGGUAGCUGGAUUUAACCCAGCCACAGCCCCGUUGGAUACCAAAGUGCUUACUCCUGUACAAAGUGCCAUGCCUGAACUGCUACGGGGAAGAGGCAGCUUCUGAGACCCGCACCUGUGUGCCUGCUUGCUUGCCUUGCGCUUCUCUUUCCUGGCCACCUUCCUGGCCACAGGCAGCGCGGAGAAAGUCCCCCUCGGAUGUGUGGAAACUGGUUCUCGGAGGCUGCGAGCUGAGGCUGGAUUUAGGGGAGGAAUAUUAGACUUGGAGGAGUCUGCGCGCUUUUCUCCUCCCAGUGCAUCGCGCGGUCGCCGCUAGUUCAUCGCCGGGUCCCCGCGCUUACUCCCCACCCCACCCACUUCCUGUGCUCGCCCGGGGGGCGUGUGCGUGCCACUACCGGAGUUCUGGGAAGUUGUGGCUGUCGAGAAUGGGGGUCUGUGGGUACCUGUUCCUGCCCUGGAAGUGCCUCGUGGUCGUGUCUCUCAGGCUGCUGUUCCUUGUACCCACAGGAGUGCCGGUGCGUAGCGGAGAUGCCACCUUUCCCAAAGCUAUGGACAACGUGACGGUCAGGCAGGGGGAGAGCGCCACCCUCAGGUGCACAAUUGACAACCGAGUCACCAGGGUGGCCUGGCUUAACCGCAGCACCAUCCUCUAUGCUGGAAACGACAAGUGGUGCCUAGAUCCUCGUGUGGUCCUCCUGAGUAACACCAAGACCCAGUACAGCAUUGAGAUCCAGAAUGUGGAUGUGUAUGAUGAGGGCCCUUAUACCUGCUCGGUGCAGACAGACAACCACCCUAAGACCUCCAGGGUCCACCUCAUUGUACAAGUAUCUCCCAAAAUUGUAGAGAUUUCUUCAGAUAUCUCCAUUAAUGAAGGGAACAACAUCAGCCUCACUUGCAUAGCCACAGGUAGACCGGAGCCUACAGUAACCUGGAGACAUAUUUCUCCCAAAGCUGUCGGCUUCGUGAGUGAGGAUGAGUACCUGGAGAUCCAGGGCAUCACUCGGGAGCAGUCAGGCGAGUACGAGUGCAGCGCCUCCAACGAUGUGGCGGCACCAGUGGUACGAAGAGUGAAGGUCACCGUGAACUAUCCACCAUACAUCUCAGAAGCAAAGGGUACAGGUGUCCCGGUGGGGCAGAAGGGAACUCUGCAGUGUGAAGCUUCCGCAGUCCCUUCAGCAGAAUUCCAGUGGUUCAAGGAUGACAAAAGACUGGUCGAAGGGAAGAAGGGAGUCAAAGUGGAAAAUAGACCUUUCCUUUCAAAGCUCACUUUUUUCAACGUUUCUGAACAUGACUAUGGGAACUACACGUGUGUGGCCUCCAACAAGUUGGGCCACACCAAUGCCAGCAUCAUGCUAUUUGGCCCGGGUGCUGUCAGUGAGGUCAACAAUGGGACGUCAAGGAGGGCAGGCUGCAUUUGGCUCCUCCCUCUUCUGGUCUUACACCUGCUCCUCAAAUUUUGAUGUGAGUGCCCCUUCCCUGCUGGGGAGAGCUGCUGCCACCGCAUCUCAAUACAACAGCACUGCAAAAUGAAGCAACAAGUCAGAAUCAAAUGAAAUUCCGAGAAUCACAGCCAAUGAGACAGAAAUUCAAGGGAGGGGGACAAAGCAUAUUGUGGUAAAGGGGAAAAAAAGUUUAAAAAAGGAAAUUUGAAAAUUGCCUUGCAGAUAUUUCGGUACCGCUGAGUUUUCUUUCUUUUCCCAAAUGGGAAGAAGGCACACCUAGCUUGGGCCCACCCACAAGCUGCACUGUGUGACCUCUCUGUUGCCAGGGUGGGCAAGGGCACAGCCACUGUGCCCACUAACGUGCCCCACCAAGGAACAUUCUGGAGUCAGCCAUCCCAAAUUUCAUCGGUUUAUAGACACAAGCACAGAGUGAGAAACAGGGGCCUAGAUGUGCCAUGGAGGGCCCUUUCAUGGGCUGCGUGACGGUGGCGUGUGUCAUGAAGUAUGAAAUCCGAAGGAAAAAAAACAAAAGAUAAAGGAAAAAAAGAAAGAAAGAAAGAAAGAAAGAAAGGAAGAAAGGAAGAAGACAGCCGACAGCACCAUAAUCCCACAAGCAACAGUCACAAAAGAUACCUUUAAGCUUUGGUUUUUUUCAUUUGACCACAUGGACACCAUGGAAAAUAAGGGAUUCUGAUUCAUUAUUAAUUUUAUUAAUUAUAUUUUCUGAUAUGAGUCUAGAACUUAGGGCAAAAGCAAGAGACAAAACUAAAAAUACACAGGCAAGGAUGAAGGGAAGCGUGCUUAUUAAGUAUUAAAAGCAAAUAGUGUACUUCUUACCUAAGUUUACAACUGGUGGACCAUACACCAGGCACUAACCACCUGGUGAGGCUUUGGCAAAUCCACCAGAAACACAUGUGAUUUAACAAACACCUCCACCAGCGUUACAGAUUCCUCCUC